UCAGGGAGGAGAGUUCAUAACGCAACGUAACAAACUCACAGCGAUGCAGUGCUUAACUUUCUUAACAACGGAUUUUACACAUCACGAAGUUUGCCUCUCAUACAAGCCUUACAAGCCAAAGCUUAAAUUUACGGACAUCUCAGAAUAAUCAUGCCACGCUCGUUUUUGGUGAAAAGCAAAAAGUGUUCAUCAUACAAUGUGCACCGACCCUUUGAGACUGAGCAAUGUGAACCGAAAAAACUUCCAGAAUCAGCACCCAAGACAAUCCCAGCUUUAGUCCCGUCAGAACCAAAGGAGCGUAAAUCCCCAGAGCAGCCCAAGCCAGCUACCGCCUCCCGGCCAUCCCACAAAGACCCGUAUGACUUCAUCAAGUGUGAGCGAGAACUCGACUGCCCGAUACCAUCUCACCCUGAGGUCACAAUCAGUCGCCCUUAUUUUAUAUCCGAACCUCAACUGGCAGAAUUUCCUCCUUACUACAAGAGUUCUUAUGCCUGGGAUCACGUUCCCUCCCCAUAUCACUUCAGACAGAUGAACUUCCCUCCAUCGCUUCUCCAGCACGCCAGCAGUCUGUAUGGAGCUCACCUGAAGCAGAGCUCUGAGCUUCCACAGCCGCUGGAUUGCAGCACACACUACUCACCAACAUCAAACACAUAUCACUGUGUUACAUGUGAUAAGGUGUUCUCCACCCCUCAUGGUCUAGAGGUUCACGUCAGACGUUCUCACAGUGGCACGCGUCCCUUCGGCUGUAGCAUCUGCAGAAAGAGCUUUGGCCAUGCUGUUAGCUUAGAGCAACACAUGAACGUCCACUCACAGGAAAGAAGUUUUGAGUGCAAGAUGUGUGGGAAGACUUUCAAACGCUCCUCAACGCUGUCCACUCACCUGCUGAUCCACUCGGACACGCGGCCGUACCCCUGCCAGUACUGUGGCAAGAGAUUUCACCAGAAAUCGGAUAUGAAGAAACACACCUACAUUCACACAGGUGAGAAACCUCACAAAUGCCAGGUGUGCGGUAAGGCCUUCAGUCAGAGCUCCAACCUUAUCACUCACAGUCGCAAACACACAGGAUUCAAGCCCUUCGGCUGCGACAUCUGCUCCAAGGGCUUCCAGAGGAAGGUGGAUCUUCGACGGCAUCACGAAAGCCAGCACAGUUUGAAAUGAUGGUGCGAUGGACAACAGGAAGAAAAUGAAGACCGGUUGUUAAAGGCGUGGAAAAAGACAAGCGAAGAUCGUGAAAUUACACUUUAUUUAAAGACUCAUGUUAAGAGCCACAGAGCCACCAUACAACACAUAACAAAUUGUUCGGAAAUUCAUGAAAACAAUAUGAUUGAAGAUGGAAAACUGAGGGUGAUCUCAAUGAGUUUUUUGUUCCCAUAGAAAUGCACUUUUCUGAAUGGCGUAAGAACGGGCGUUACUGAGAGAAAUUGAGAAGUAGGCUACAUGGGUGAGCGUGACGUCAACAAAUCAGAAAAACGUUAAAUCCCAAUAAAGAGUUAAAUGUCAGCAAUAUCCUUACCAGUCUGAUCUCUAGGAAAUUCAUAACUAUUUUACAGUCAUAUUUAGCUGUAGUCCUAUUUAGGAAAACAAUUGUUAAAAAGUAGUGCUGUGAAAUGAUUAAUCGCGAUUAAUUGCAUCCAGAAUAAAAGUUUGUGUUUACAUAAUAUAUGUCUGUGUACUGUGCAUAAUAAUUGUGUAUCUAUUAACGCAUUUACAUACAUGUUUAUAUUUAAGAAAAAUAUAAAGUAAAAAAUAAUCAUUAAGCAUUGGUAAAUAUAAAUAAAUAUAUGUUAAUAUUUCCAAAAACGUGUUUGUGUAUGCGUUUCUAAAUACAAAAUUAUAAUGCAAAGUACACAGACAUACAGUCUGCCCUAUUAAACAGCAGUAAUGAUGCCUACUUGUAAUGUAAAACAGUUACGAAUUGCCACGAGAUUGUGUUAUGUAGAUUAUCAAAUGUAUUUGUCACCACCAAUAGCAAAUAUCUGUGUUGUAUAUUUUAAUGCCUGUAAAAUCAGAUACAUUUUAUAGUAAUGCUUUUAAUUGAAAAUGAAAGAUUGUAUGUUAGUAUUAGUGUUAAGAACUUAAUUCUUGUACUAUUUAUAGAAACUCAUCUUAAGGUAUCCAAAUAAAUACUACUGUGGUUGUAAGGA